CGGGGGGACGCCAACACCGCCUCCUAUAUCUCACCCAAACUAAGGAAAGUAAGACAAGACAAGCACUGCACCAUGCCGGAGACUCCUCCCGUCACGGCCCCCGUCGAGAAGGCGCCGCUCAAGACCAAAUUCAGCGAGUAAUUAGAAAUUUAAUGCAGUGAAGAGGUGAUUAUACUGCUCUACACUAGAGCCUGUAAGACAUGUGUAAUGUCUUUGUGAAUAUUACAAAGAGAGAAUAUGAAACGAGUGACAAUUGAAGGCUACUUUACAAGGGAUGUUAAAUGCACACGUUUCUCCCUCUUCCGCACCAUUCUCGAGUGAGUCUGACACCUGUACUUGUAACUCUAGUUUCAUCAAUUCAAGUUACUCCUCUGCACAUGCCUAAAUCAUCUCCAACACCUAGAUGUGCCAAGGUCUUAAUUGAUGAACAACACACUGUUCGAUACGUUUGUAGCUUCAGCUAUUCAAGCUGGGAUGAGUGGGUUCCAGAGAGUCGUGUUCUGAAGCUCAAUGAUGCAAACAUGAGUCGACAGAAGGAUCUGCAGAAAGCCCACGAAGCAUCCCUAAAAAAUAAGAAGUCUAAGAAGGAAAAAAAGAAACUUCCUAAGGAACUGGGUAAAGAGGGUGGGCCUGGUGGGGGAAGCAGUGGCCCAGGCGGUGGCUGUGGAAACACCAGUGGCGGGGGUGAUGACUCGCGCUCUUCCACACCCAGUACUGACCGUUCAAGUGGCGGUCCAGGAAAGCGCUCGGCAGCUUCCACCCCAACCACGCCAGCCUCGGUGAAAGGUGAAGAACUGGAUAAUAAGAAAAAGCGUUCUAAAUUGGAUAACACCGUUGAUACUAAUGGAUCAACACAAGGCCCAGAGAAUGUGGUAACACGGACUGUAGAUGACGAGGACCAGUUUAUGACAUCAGUUGAAGUGCGUGUCAAACUCCCAGAUGAACUGAAGCCAGCACUGGUGGAUGACUGGGACCUCAUUAACCGUCAGCGCAAGCUAGCUAUUGUCCCAGCUCGAGUGACUGUCGACACUAUCCUUGCUGACUAUAUUCGAGCCAAAACGAGUAACAAAAAUAACACCCCAAACAAAGAGAGUGCGGUUCAAGAGGUGGUUGCUGGCUUGAGAGAAUAUUUUAAUGUGAUGCUCGGCACACAGCUGCUCUACAAAUUUGAAAGACCACAGUAUGCGGAGAUCUUACAGCAACACAAGGACAAACAAGCCAGUGAUAUUUAUGGCUUUAUUCAUCUCAUUAGAUUAUUUGUGUUGUAUUCCUGUACAGUGCGAUUGGGACAGAUGUUAGCCUAUACGCAGCUGGAUGAGAAGAGUGUUGCUCUUCUAAAUUUCCACUUACAGGACUUCUUAAGAUUUACAGUAAAGAAUAUGGAGACAUAUUACAGUAUCCAAGACUACGGCGUGGCCCCACCAGAGUAUCACCGUAAAGCUAUGUAAUAGUGUGGCGUGGAAAAUCACUUGGGGACCUGCUAGUAUUAACUACUGGAUCAAUUGGUGCCAUUGCAGCUGCACCAAGAUCUCAUAUCAGAUGUUUUAAAGUUUUGGUCAGGGUUGGUGCUUGUGAAGUGUGUGGAUCCUCAAGACUGGAGGGAGAGGAAGGGGACUGCCAACAAUAUAUCAGCACUAAUCUCUUUAUGCAUUUUUUAAUGAGGAUUGGUAGCCAUUUGCAGCCUAAUCUUAAAGAUUUUGGCUUAAUUUUAAAAUGGUCCUUAUUUGUAUAUAUUCCAUUAUUAUUGUAUAUGUUUUGUGUAUAAGUUGAUUAGUGCUAUAUAUAUAUAUAUAUAUAUACUGAAAGUAAGCUCAAGUAAUAAACCAGUUAUGACAAAAUUAUCAAUCAUACAAAAUUUAAAGUGUAUUCCUCUUCAUUCUUUACAGACUUGGCAGUUGACAAAGGAGAAUAUUUUGUAUUGUUUUGUUUCCUUAAAGAACUGUUGUACCCAAAUAUCGUGGAUUUGGAAUGUUUCUUUUUUCCUUUGAUAUUAAAAACAUUGGCGGUUGAGAAAACACAAAAUUACAAUAAAUCCCUCCUGAAAUUUUACAGUAAAAAUUUAGUGUCACAUGCAUAAUUCUCAGUAGUGCACAUGUGGUGAAAACUUUCGUAACCACAUUCAGAAUUAUGAGAGUUAUUUAACAAUAAAGUUUGUUUCCUAUGCCUCUGCCUGUAAUUUUAGACUUGAGAAAAUGUUCAAACUCCCAGUAGAACUGCCAAAAACUUAUUAUUGGUGGUUUUAGAGGUCGUGCCCAUUUCAAGUGUUGUGUACAUAUAUGCUGUAUAUAUAAAUAUUAGAUUUAGUGAGCAAGUCAUGCAGGUUGUAAGUAUUGUACUGUAUAUGCAUCUUGAAAGGUGACAAGACUACUAGUGUUAGGUUUAUCUAAAGAAUUGGUUUGUGAGUGGUAUGUAAGGGGCAGGAACCCUAGCUAAACUGGAAGCUUGUUAUUUACACACAUGGAUGUUGAAGAAUCUUUCCCAGCCAUGAUUGUAUAUUUUAAUUUUCAUAAUUUCAUUCUGAAAUGCAAAACUUUUUAAUUGUAGUCAUAUGUAUGGUAGGUUGUAUAUGUAACCCUUAAGCCACUCAGUUGCUCUCAAGGUAUUGGCUGAUCUGUAACAAUUUUCAAGAGUAUUUGAGCAAAAUUAAAUACAUUUUUCUCCACCACAGUUA